AUGUCUGACCGCGAUGCCGCCCAGAUGCUCUCGUUCUUCCGUGCCGCUCGCCGACUCGACCCUCCUUUUGACAGCACUUCCAUUUCUCAACUCAGAGACAAGGCAGAGAAGGUCAAAGAGACGAUCCAACAACUCAAGACCCAGCUACAAAUCCUCGAAGACCAUCUUGAAGCCCUCCAGGAUAGCCUAUCCACUAUCGUCUACCCAAUCAACACUCUUCCUGCCGAAAUACUCUGCCACAUCUUUGCGGAAGCAGUGUCGUCUUCACAUUCCCUCGACGUUAACAGCACGCUGCUACAAAUUACCGCUGUGUGUCCACGCUGGCGGCGGACGGCUAUCGCAGACCCGCACCUCUGGACGCGUGUUUCUUACCUCAUAGACGGCGAGCGGGAUAUUCUCGCUGAGCACUUCUUGCGGCGGACACAAGGACUGCCUGUUGUUUUCUCAAUUCCCGAAGAGGCCAACGAUUACGAGUCAUACGACCUCCCGCGGUGUAUAUUCGACUCUGCUCCCCAAUGGGCGGAAGCAUCCCUGUGCAGCAUCAAGUGGCCCGUCAAUUGGGCGGCUGCCGACUCAGAGUCAGACACGCCAGCGAAUGCACAAUUCGACUUCCCCCUAUUGACCAAGUUCGCAUUUGACGUCUGGCGCCCCAUCGAUACCGGCGAGAGACCCGUAUUAAUGAAUGCUCCCCGUCUCCAAGAGCUGUCCAUCAGCAUUCCCCGCCUGGUCUUGCGGCUUUCAUUCCCUGCCCAUCAACUGCAAAAACUGACGAUCCUUCGUCCAACGACGUGCACCGAAAUCCUGUCUGUAAUUACUCAUCUUGCGGCGCUGGAGGAGCUGUCGCUCUCUUCGCUGUUCGAAGAGGACAUACCAGCCUCUAACUUAUACCUGCCCCGCUUGUCGACGUUGUCGCUGGUGGCCGACGACAGCAGUUCCAUCUUAGACCACCUCCUCUUACCCGCCCUAACAACUCUCUGCCUCUCCGACCUUCACUAUUUUAUUGUCGAGUCCUCUAUCGACCCCGCUAUCGAGCGUUCCGCCGCGACUGUAACCUCACUCUCUCUACUCACACCCGUAAGUUUUGCGGCCUUCCGUUACCUCCUCACCUCCUACACAAUCCACCCGGUCAAACAUCUGACCGUAACCGCAUUCUCCAUGACCAAUGACCAAGGGCGGAAGUGCUCUGCAAUGCUCGCUGAGUCGAACCUCCUCUCCAACCUUGAAUCCUUUACCCUGGUCAUACCUGCCUCCGCGCCCGCCCCAGUUAACAUUCGUCCAUUCCUGGAUGGAAUCGCCAUGCGCGUGGCGGAUAUGUGUUCCGAUGGUGUUCAGCGCAAAAUGAAGCUCGCACGAUUUGUCGUCGAGUUUGCGCCGUAUGGUAUUCUGGAAAAGGACAUCCGCGACUUGCAGCACCUGCAGAGAACCUUUGGCAUCAAAGUUUCGAUGCCGAAUGGCCAUCCGAGGCGGAAAUCAUGGGAGUGA